AUGGACCGGGACCUGCACCUCCAGGUGCUCCUUUUUAAAAAGCCAGCUGUCAGCCAUGCUGCUCCCGAGGCCCUGACACAGGUGGUGAGCCAGGCAAAUACCGGUGAUGUCUAGAGCAUGCUGCUCCUGGACAACAAGAGGUCCCUGCUUGCCUGCUCGGGCUAUGGGGACACUGAUGCCAGAAUCACCAUGGCCAUUGUCAGCAACAUCUGGAUGGCCUAUGACAAGAAUGGGCACCAGGCAUUCAUCAAGUUCAUCCUCAUGGACUGCAUAGAGGGGCGAGUGGCCAUCAUGCGGGUGGCAAACCUGCUGCUCUCCAUGUAAAUGAAGGAGACAGUUGAAUUUGGGAUGCUGAAGGUCAAGACACAGGUGCUGGUCUAGUACGUGAAGGAGACACUCAAGAAAGUGGCCACAUCCUGA